ACAAAACACAUCUUCUCUUUUUAAUAUUUCAUUGUUUCCCUUAUUCAUAUCAAUCAUCAUCAUGUUUAGUCAUAUUAUGGAGGGACUUACUGGUCAUCAUGACUCAAAGAAAGUCAAAGGAACUGUGGUGAUGAUGAAGAAAAAUGCUUUAGAUUUUACUGAUCUUGCUGGUUCUUUGACUGAUAAAAUCUUUGAGGCCCUUGGCCAGAAGGUCUCUUUUCAAUUAAUCAGUUCUGUUCAAGGUGAUCCUGCAAAUGGUUUACAAGGGAAACGCAGCAAUCCGGCCUACUUGGAGAACUUUCUCUUUACAAUAACUCCAUUAGCAGCAGGUGAAUCAGCCUUUGGUGUCACAUUUGAUUGGAAUGAGGAGUUUGGGGUUCCAGGUGCAUUCAUCAUCAAAAAUAUGCAUAUCAAUGAGUUCUUUCUUAAGUCACUCACUCUUGAAGAUGUGCCUAAUCAUGGCAAGGUCCAUUUUGUUUGCAAUUCUUGGGUUUAUCCUUCUUUUAGAUACAAGUCAGAUCGGAUUUUCUUUGCAAAUCAGCCAUACCUCCCAAGUGAAACACCAGAACCUUUGCGCAAAUACAGAGAAAAUGAAUUGCUAACUUUAAGAGGAGAUGGAACUGGAAAGCGCGAAGAAUGGGAUAGGAUUUAUGACUAUGAUGUCUACAAUGACUUAGGUAAUCCAGAUCAAGGUGCACAACAUGUUAGAACUACCUUAGGAGGUUCUGCUGACUACCCAUAUCCUCGUAGAGGAAGAACUGGUAGAGCACCAACACGAACAGAUCCUAAAAGUGAAAGCAGGAUUCCACUUAUUCUGAGCUUAGACAUCUAUGUACCAAGAGACGAACGUUUUGGUCACUUGAAGAUGUCAGACUUCCUAACAUAUGCUUUGAAAUCCAUUGUUCAAUUCAUCCUCCCUGAAUUACAUGCCCUGUUUGAUGGCACACCUAAUGAGUUCGAUAGUUUCGAGGAUGUACUUAGACUCUAUGAAGGAGGGAUCAAACUUCCUCAAGGACCUUUAUUUAAAGCUCUCACUGAUGCUAUUCCUCUAGAGAUGAUAAAAGAACUCCUUCGAACAGACGGUGAAGGAAUAUUGAGGUUUCCAACUCCUCUAGUGAUUCAAGAUAGUAAAACAGCAUGGAGGACUGAUGAAGAAUUCGCGAGAGAAAUGCUAGCUGGAGUUAAUCCUGUCAUAAUAAGUAGACUUCAAGAAUUUCCUCCAAAGAGCAAGCUAGAUCCCGAAGUAUAUGGAAAUCAAAAUAGUACAAUUACUGCAGAACACAUAGAGGAUAAGUUGGAUGGACUAACGAUUGAUGAGGCGAUCAACAAUAAUAAGCUUUUCAUACUGAACCACCAUGAUGUUCUUAUACCAUAUUUGAGGAGGAUAAACACUACAACAACAAAAACCUAUGCCUCGAGAACUUUGCUCUUCUUGCAAGAUAAUGGAUCUUUGAAGCCACUAGCAAUUGAAUUGAGUUUGCCACAUCCAGAUGGAGAUCAAUUUGGUGUUACUAGCAAAGUGUAUACUCCAAGUGAUCAAGGUGUUGAGAGCUCUAUCUGGCAAUUGGCCAAAGCUUAUGUUGCAGUGAAUGACUCUGGUGUUCAUCAGCUAAUUAGUCAUUGGUUGAAUACACAUGCAGUGAUUGAGCCAUUUGUGAUUGCAACAAACAGGAACCUAAGUGUGCUUCACCCUAUUCAUAAGCUUCUAUAUCCUCAUUUUCGGGACACAAUGAAUAUAAAUGCUUUGGCAAGACAGAUCCUAAUCAAUGCUGGUGGAGUUCUUGAGAGUACAGUUUUUCCAUCCAAAUUUGCCAUGGAAAUGUCAGCUGUGGUUUACAAAGAUUGGGUUUUCCCUGAUCAAGCCCUUCCGGCUGAUCUUGUCAAAAGGGGAGUAGCAGUUGAGGACUCGAGUUCUCCUCAUGGCGUUCGUUUACUGAUAGAGGACUAUCCAUAUGCUGUUGAUGGCUUAGAAAUCUGGUCUGCAAUCAAAAGUUGGGUGACAGACUACUGCAGUUUCUACUAUGGAUCAGACGAAGAUAUUCUGAAAGACAAUGAACUCCAAGACUGGUGGAAGGAACUCCGAGAAGUAGGACAUGGUGACAAGAAAGAUGAACCUUGGUGGCCUGAAAUGGAAACACCUCAAGAGCUAAUCGAUUCGUGUACCACCAUCAUAUGGAUAGCUUCAGCACUUCACGCAGCAGUCAAUUUCGGGCAAUAUCCUUAUGCAGGUUACCUCCCAAAUCGCCCUACAGUAAGUCGAAGAUUUAUGCCUGAACCAGGAACUCCUGAAUAUGAAGAACUAAAGAAAAAUCCUGAUAAGGCAUUCUUGAAAACAAUCACUGCUCAGUUACAAACAUUGCUUGGUGUUUCCCUCAUAGAGAUAUUGUCAAGGCAUACUACAGAUGAGAUUUACCUCGGACAAAGAGAAUCUCCCGAAUGGACAAAGGACAAAGAACCACUUGCUGCUUUCGACAACUUUGGGAAGAAGUUGACUGACAUUGAAAAUCAGAUUAUACAGAGGAAUGGUGACCAAAUAUUGAUAAACAGAUCAGGUCCUGUUAAGGCUCCAUAUACAUUGCUUUUCCCAACAAGCGAAGGCGGACUUACAGGCAAAGGAAUUCCCAACAGUGUGUCAAUAUAGACCUUUCUUACUCUUCAAUCCAUGAUAAGAAGAUCGUCGACACUGGAAAAUGAAGAAAGCUGGAGUUUGAAUAAAUCUUGAAAUAAAUUUUCAUUAAGUGUUAUUCCCUUAUGUUUGCUUCAUUUCUCUAUGUUUGAUUCUCCUAAGUUUACUGUAUUUCCAUUUUAAUCUGAGAAUAAUAAAAAUAAUUCCAGCAGAAAAUUCCUAUA